UGUUCUGUUCCAGCUAAAAUUCUUGGAGAUUCAACAUUCAUGAAAUUGAAGACAACGUUUAGCAUUUCGGAGAUUCUUAACUUUAGACUAAAAACAAGAGCAACAACACGCAUCGAUUAGGGCCAGUCCCGAAUGGCUUCGUGCUUAUCUUACAGAUUUAACUGUAAAAUAAGAUUUAUUUUUAAUUGAUCAAAUAUAAAAUUAGUUAUCAGCGAAAGAAAAAAAAAAACAUUUCAAAAAAGAACUUUAGACAGCACGAAUCUUCAAGACUUUAAUACUUGAAAUGAAACCCAAAAAUAGUCGAGACUGGCUCAUUUCUUGACUUCCAACGUAGCUUCUGAUAUCAAGGGCUGGAAAUUUCUAACUUCCACAAAGAUUAUGAUCUUAGUGUCAAGAAAAAGCUUUAGUUCGACUUGGUGGAAAUAUUCUCCUUUUCAUCAUGGUGUAGCGCUGAUAUUAGCUAUAUGUGUCAUCACCCUUGGCCUAGGACGGAGCAUUCCUUUGGAGCGAUCUGAAGAAAACCCUUUAGUGCAUACUAACAAAGGUUUAAUCAGAGGAAAAACUACAAGAACUGUUACUGGGAAUCUGGUCGAUGUCUACUGGGGCAUUCCGUACGCAAAGCCACCCGUUGGGGAGUAUAGGUUUCGACACCCUAAGCCUAUCGACCCAUGGUAUGACGUUUUUAAUGCCACCCAGAAACCUCACACUUGUUUUCAAAUCAGUGAUACUUUUUUUGGCAACUUUUCUGGUUCAAAAAUGUGGAAUCCCAACACUCCACUUAGUGAAGAUUGUUUGAAGUUGAAUGUUUGGGUGCCUCAUAUCAAGCCUAAAAAAGCUGCUGUGAUGGUGUGGAUCUUUGGUGGUGGUUACUACAGUGGGACAUCUACACUAAAUGUAUAUGACGCCAAAAUAUUAUCUACUGAAGAACAAGUGAUAGUGGUGUCGAUGAAUUACAGAGUGGCGUCUUUGGGGUUUUUGUUUCUCGAUCGGCCAGAUGUACCCGGAAAUGCCGGUUUGUUUGACCAGCUAAUGGCCUUGGAAUGGGUCCAUGACAACAUUGCUGCCUUUGGAGGUGACCCAGAAAACAUCACGUUAUUUGGGGAGAGUGCUGGUGCUGUUAGUGUAGGCCUUCACUUGUUAUCUCCACUUAGUAGAAACCUUUUCAAUCGUGGUAUUCUACAAAGUGGUUCAGCAACAUCUCCAUGGGCUAUACUUGAUCAUGAGGAGUCCAUAAAACGUGGCCUACGUCUUGCUGAGGCUCUCAAGUGUCCACAUGAUCCAAAUGAAUUGGAAGCUGUAGUAAACUGUCUUCGAAACGCGGAUCCAAUGGAUCUUAUCAUGAACGAAUCAGGUAAUUUAGGCGUAAUUGAUUUUCCCUUUGUCCCAGUUGUAGAUGGUGCUUUCAUUGACGAACAUCCGUCGAUUUCACUCACUACCAAGAACUUUAAGAAGACCAAUGUCUUAAUGGGUAGCAAUUCAGAGGAAGGUACGUACUGGAUCAUUUACUACUUGACAGAAUUGUUUAAAAAGGAAGAAGACGUAUAUCUUACAAGAAAAGAUUUUGUUGAUUCGAUCAAGGAGUUGAAUCCUUAUAUUGGAGACAUUGCCCAAAAAGCUAUUAUCUUUCAAUACACUGACUGGCUAAAUCCAAAUAGUUCCAUCCAUCUUCGAGAUGCAAUAGAUAAAAUUGUGGGAGAUUACCACUUUACUUGCAGUGUGAACGAUUUUGCCCAUCAUUUUGCCAAAGCUGGAAGCAAUGUCUAUAUGUACUACUUUACCCACCGCUCUUCUAUCAAUCCUUGGCCAAGGUGGACGGGUGUCAUGCAUGGCGACGAAAUCCCAUUUGUCUUUGGUGAACCUCUCAACCCAACAUAUAGAUAUACGAGUAAGGAAAUAAUGUUAUCCAGGAAAAUUAUGAGAUAUUGGGCCAACUUUGCUAAAACGGGCAAUCCAAACAUGGAGAAUUUUGAACCAAAGAAUGAAACUUACUGGGUCAUCCACACCAGCGGCGGAAAAGAAUAUUUGACUCUUGACUUGCAGCCUUUUGAAAUUAACAGAGGACCCCGUGCAGAGUACUGUGCCUUUUGGCAUCACUACCUACCUCAGCUAGUCAAACGAACGGCCUCGCUCGUCAAGCAAGAAAAAAAAUGCACCAAGAACAAAUCAGCCACGAGAGAAUUUUCCUGCAGUCUUAUUCUUACCAGCUUUAUCGCUUGGAGCUUCAUACAUCAACUGAUCCACAGUGUUUAGUAGCCACGCAUUUAAAAUAUAGAAUUUCUCCCUAAUUUAGUUAUUAUCUCCGUCUUGCUUCCCUCACACCCAUGUUGAAAUAUUUAAAAGGACUCAGUCUAGUCGACAUGUCGGUUCACCAUCGAGCAUCUUGCAUCCGUUACACUCAAGGAAUCUCAAGAGCUGAAAGUAAUUUUGCGAAAUACAAUCAAAUAUGUUAUAGUAAAGCCUUGAUUUUAGCAUAACAGACUUUAAAAUAUUCUUUCAUAUAUUUGUUCUGUGUGAUUACUUUAUUUUUUUUCUUAUUGCUAAAUUUUGAUAUUAAACCGCUUCAUCUUUUUUGAUGUAACAGCGGAUUUCAAGGUCGAUGGGUCGGAAUUAAGAAACUUUUGACUUUCUAUGAAAGAUACGAGAAAAUAUGAUUCGUGAGUAAAAGUUAAACGUUAUUUAAUUUGUAUAUGCAACUAUUUCAAAAUGUAUGCCUUCCUUUUUUUAGCAAUUUACAGAACGAAUAUUUGCGUCGGUAAAAAUAUGCAACUAUUAUGUCAAUUAAAUAUGAAUAGUCGUGAACGUAUAUUUUCACGAUUAUCAUGUAGCCCAGAGUUGGUACACAAAUAGUGUUUUAAGAUGGAGAA